AUAUAUAUACAAUAAGAGAACCCUCCUGCUGUAUUGUUUUGUGCAAUGUCAAUAAUGGGGUCCCUCACACAUUUUGCCACUAUUGUUUUUUUACUCUCUUGGUUAGUGAGUAUCCAAGCAGAUGAACUGAAAACUUCACAAAAACCAUGUGAUUUUCAAGCAAUCUUCAAUUUUGGUGACUCAAAUUCAGAUACUGGCUCUAUGUCAGCAGCAUUUUUCCCUGCUAUUUUGCCUUAUGGUCAGACAUUUUUCCAUGAGGCUGUUGGCAGAGCUUCUGAUGGCCGUCUUAUCAUAGAUUUCAUUGCAAAGCACCUUGGAAUGUCAUUGUUGAGUGCAUAUAUAAACUCAAUUGGAACAAGCUAUAGACAUGGUGCAAACUUUGCUGCAGGAUCGUCCACAAUCAUGCGACAAAACAAGACCUACUUCGACGGCGGAACUCCUUUCACUCUUGAAAUCCAAAUACAACAAUUUAACAAUUUCAAAACACGCACUGCCAAGUUCUUCACACAAGCAAAUAAAAAUUCUUACAGAGCACACUAUCCAAAGCCAGAGGAGUUUGGCAAGGCUAUUUACACUUUUGAUAUUGGUCAAAAUGAUAUUGCUUAUGUUCUUAGUAAGGUGGGAAAGGAAGAUUCCCAAGAAUUGAUCUCAAAUAUUGUGGAAUAUUUUUCUAAACAACUUCAAAAUGUAUAUAGUUAUGGAGCAAGAAGAUUUUGGAUACACAACACAGGCCCCAUUGGUUGCCUACCAGUUUCCAUGCCAAUUCACAAUGUCCACCACAACAGUACUCUACUUCCUGGUUACCUUGAUCAAAACGGCUGCGUCAACUACCAAAACGACUUGGCCAAAGACUUCAAUAAAAAGCUUAAAGAUGAAGUUCUCAAAUUAAGGACAGUCUUCCCUAAUGCUUCUUUAACAUAUGUCGACAUGUUCUCUGCAAAAUAUGAACUAAUCAGUAAUGCUAUAAAAUCAGUAUCCAUUCCUCCUCCACGAGUUUGAGGUUGGUAAAUGUCUACCAUACCAAUCUUGAUUAAGCAAUCGAGAAAAGGGCGAGAUCCAAUAGCUUUGGUGAAAACAUCAGUGAUUUGAUUUUAAGAAGACACGAGAAACAAGCAUAUGAGUCCAACUUAAAGCUUUUCACACACCAAAUAGGAAUCAAUAUCCAGAUGUUUUUGUACACUCGUGGAACACGGGAUUGACACUCAUAUGAAGUGCAUUUUGAUUAUCACAAGUCUUACCUUGAAUCGUUCAAUGGAACCAUUUGCAGGCAUUUUGAUAUUGUAAGUCCACUUUCUACUAAUAAGUGAAGCAUAAGUAGGUAAAUAAACAAAUUCCCAUGUAUGAUUAGCAUUAAGAGCUUUAAUUUUUUUUUGUCAAUAGUUGCAGUCCAUCUAGAAUCUCUACUUCUAGCUUGGAAGUUUGAAGACACCAUUUAUGUAGAAAGAGACAUAAUGUAGGCUUGGUGGUUGGGUGAAAUAUUUGAGUAUGAGAUGAAAUUGGCUAGAGGAUAUUGACAGGUGUUGGGAACACUAGAGGUACAAACAUAAUCUUCAAGCUGUGUAGGUAGAUUAAUAGUCCUGGUGGAUUUUGUGAGUUCAAGUUAGGAAGAUGAAGAAAUGGUAUGGACAUAUGUCUUGGAUGAAAAAUCAAAUGAAAUAAGGAUAGAUUUUCUAUCAGAUGUGGGAUCAUGUAUGGUUAUAAGUUUAGGUUGAGGCAUUGUUGUGGAAUUAGAGUUGUUCUCAUCAGAAUCAUAAAUAGGUUGAUUAUAAUUUAUUGAGAGGUAAUUAUAAAUGUGGUGGAUAUGACUUCAUUAGAAUAACAAUAGUAGGGAAGUUCGAGGUCUAAAAAUUUCACAUCUAUAUAAACUAUGAUUUCAUGAUCUGUAACAACAUCCAAAAGAACAAAUUAUUUCAUUCUCGACUUGUAUCCCAAGAAAACGCACUUUCUUGCUCUUGGAUAAAACUUGUGUCUAUUUUUUGGAAGUGUUGAGUCAUAACUCAAACGACCAAAUACCUUUAGAUGAAUGAGAUCAGGUACACUUCCAUAUAAUACUUCGUAUGAAGAUUUUUAUGCAAGACCUUGGUUGGAAUUCUUUUCAUGAGAAAUACUACAUGCAAUACUAAAUAGGACCAAUACUUCUUAAGUUUUCUAGAUUGAAAUACACACAACUUAUUUGAUGAAAAAUAGCUCUUGGAGCAUAAUAGAGAGAUGAUAUAAACUCUGGCCCAUUACAACUCCUUGUUAUCUUUACUUUCUUAUCAAAUUGAGUCUCUACCAUUGCAAUGAAGUCAUUCACCUUCUAUGAAACUUGUAAUUUAGAAUUCAACAUUAUUACCCAAACAUGCCUACUGCAAUCAUCUAGGAUAGUUAAGAAGUAAUAAAACCAUGCAUUCAAUCAGUAUUUAAAACCAUACAUCUAUAUAAACUAUGACUUUUAUUAUUUAUGGGAAAAUGACAAAUCUUUUAUUAUUUAUAGUUAAGAAGUUAUAUGAACAUUAGUAGGAAUGUAGUUAUACAUCUUAUUCAUGUGUUUCAUCCUAUCAUGAGAUAGAUGACCAUGCCUAAGAUGCCAUAGUACUUUUGGUGGCACUACUACAUUUUUAUCUGAAUUUUUAUUAACAAAAACAUUGGAAACUAACCCUACAUUACUAUUGUUUAUUUUAGCUUCUAUAUAGUAGAGACCCUCAUGCUCCUUAGUUAAACCAAUCGUCUUCAAAUUCUUCUUUGCAUGUAUCACACAUUUAUCAUCUCAAAAAGCAAGUUACAAUCUUACUCUUUGCACAAUUUUGAUACUUAUAUUAAAUUAAUUCACUUCAAACUGAGGAAAAUAAAAUACAUUUUUUAUUAUCAAAUCAUGAGACAGUUUUAUAUCUCCACAUAUAGAUGCAGCUAUAGAAUUUACAUUCGGUAAAUUCACCAUUAUAGGACUAAUUUUAUUAUGCUUAGUAAACCAAUCUAAAAUAAAACCUAUAUGAUUUGUGGCUCUUGUGUCUAAUAUCCGGUCUAUAUUACUAUCUUUUGCAUUAAAAUUAGGAAUAUAGAAAUUACAUCCCUUGGUCAAAUUAACUGAUCUUGUGCUUUUCUCAAGCAACAUCAUCAAAUUCUAAUGAUCCUUGGUCAAUGUCAUGUUGCAAUUGUCGUUGGUGGAUAUUAUUGAUUUUGCCUCUGAUUUAUCACCUUCAACUUGAUUAACAUAAGAAGUCCCUCUUCCAAAGUUAGGUGGAUACUCAUGCUUCUUGUAACAACAUCAACAAUAUGACCUAUUUUGCCACAGUGUGUGCAUAUACCUUGUCAUUUCCUCUUCGUCUUCCUUGACCAUAGUUACCAUUUCCUCUUCCUCUUACACUAGAUGAGGUGGAUCCAUACUACAACUUUCUUUCUUUCUCCAUAAAUAAAGAAAACACUCUAUUUAUAUGUGGCAUAUGAUCCAUAAGCAUCUCUUGUGAUGCCACUCCUUUAUAUUUUUCACUCAACAACCCAAGAAUUGGAUUAUCCUAUCCAUAGAUCUAAAUCUCUUAGAAUUUCUCAUUGAUAAGCAUAAGCAAGGCGUAGAUCCAAUAAAAUUACACAUUGGUCUAUAUUGAUAUGAUUAUUCCUAAAUACCUCUCCAUUCAUUGAAAUAAU